AUGUCCACCUCAGCUAGGACUACUCGUAGUGCGGCCCAGAAGGGUAUAGACAACCAGGAGCAGGGAGAAACUAUGGAAGGAGUUGUUGGUACAACUUCUACUACGCAAGAUACUUCGAAUAAUUUUACUUUCACUCCUAAUGACGAGGAGUUUACUACAGUUAAGUCUAAAGCUACCUUACGUCAAGAAAACAAGAAAAAGAAGAAACAACAGCACCAAGCAGCUGCUUCUGCAAGGUUACCAUAUAAUAGAAAACAACAAGCAACUUUCAAACGACAAGAACUUGACCCUUUUGUUGCUUAUAAUCCACAAGAUACACAGCAAAAAAAGAAAACCAAAACUGGCGAAACCCCGAAAAAUGUCGAUCCUAUUGUAAUACAAUUAACCUCUGCAACACCAACUGCGAAUAAAGGAAAAGCUAAUGAAGAUCAUUCCGAUGUACUACAAAAGAUCAACACACAAGAUCAAGAUGAUCAAUCGACGCAUGAUGACUCACAUUUUGAUGAUCCAUCUGCCGAUAAUCAAUUGCCUGAAAAAGAAAUGGCCGACGCCGAAUUUUCACCAAUCGUCUUGUCUAAACAUAACACAUGGAAAGCAACUUGUAUGAUUCCGGAAGCGCCCAAAAGUACACAAUUUUGUCAUUAUAUUGUUAAAAUUAUCAAAUCAAAAAUUGACGUCAUUACCACCUUUGAAGAAAAGAAACCAAUUAAAAUGACUGAUGAUACCAGUCAAGAACAAAAAUACUGUCACGUGAUUAGUAUUAAAGUCAACACAGAAGUCGAUUUAAAUAGCUUAUGUAAUAUGACUUUUAAAAUGCCUAGUGCAACCGAUGGAGAUGAAAAUAAUGUCGUUUACUCUUUAAGAAAGUAG